CUCUCGUCAAUUUCGAUCCGUCGCAAGUAUAGUUAGGUGCGAUUCGGUGCGGGGUUUUUCGGAAAAAUCGUUCGCCCCCCUCGAGAGCCAAGAAAAUUGGUCAAGUGCUAACCACUCCGUCAACCAACAAACCGAGUGCGGCGGAGCCAGUGCGAAUGCUUGUGAUGAUGGUGCAAAAGCUUAUAAAUCAAUCGAAAAUAAAUUGAUUAAAAUAGAUUGCAAAAAUAAAGGAAAGUGAAAUUGGUGUGCUCUUGUGUCGUCGAAGUCGUCGUCGUCGUUGGAGUGAAGUUUCGAAGAAUCAGACCAAAGAGGAUUAGCAGAUUUGAUUUGUGCCGAUUGGUGAAUUGAAGUUUUCGGAGAGACGGAGGCGCCACGCUGCACUGAUUGGGUGGCGAGGCGUGAGCUAAGUGACAUCCCAGUUUCGGGAGGCAGAUUGGAACUGUGCUGUGGCACAGGAGCUGCGGUCGCCGGUGGCAAUAUCGAGAACAACAAUAACAGCAACAGCACAGCAUGGGGCAACCGAACGAUUCUCAAAUCAUUUCCCUCGUCAGCAAUCACAGCAUUAGUGGUAAUUGGCACCGGCAGCAGCGGUCGUUAGUGGUUACCGAGAACGCCAUCACUACCAUCGACGACGUGGGUGAAAACUUCAACAGUGCGCCCCACAACAACAACAAAAAAUCAGCCAGCAGAAGUGCCAGUAGUGGGAGUGAUGGUUGUGGCUCCAGUAGCAAAGCGAAAAGAAGUGCUCUAGGGUUUGCGACCAGUUGUUACAAGCCGAGAAGCUGCAAAGGCAGCAGCAAAGCGUCGCAUAGUGAAGAGGGGGACAGUGCAGUGUUGCCAGAGAAAACAGCAGUGACCGGUCCCGGUACUUCCUCACCGUCGUCUCCGUCGACGUUCUUCGCCGGAACCGUGGCUGCGACGGACCAGGUCCUGCUCAAGCUCGUUCAACGGCUGGCAUCGCUCCGGAGCAGCAGUGGCACGUCAAACAAUCCGAAGAACUUUUCCAAGUGCAAGAAGAAAAAGAAUAACCAACCAAAGUGCACCGGUGGGGGUGGACCAGAUUGCAUCGACACCGAAAUUGCCGCUGAAAAUUUUGCUGGCGAAGCCAGACGCCGCCCAUCGGUCGGAAGUGAAGUGCCAGCCGACAAGAAGGCUCGUUCCACGGAAGACGGCGGCCCGUUCCUUCCCAGCUGGUACGUCAGCAACAGCUCUUUUGCUGAUGGGACCAAGGGCGUGACGUCUGCCGCCUGUAACGAAGCCAUUAUAGAGCUGUGCUGGUCCUCCGACGACCGGACGGUAGCAGUAGCACCAGAAAGUGGCAAUUAUCAUGCUGAAAUUGCACCACCGCAGCGGAAAUUCAGUUCUAUCGGUGCAGAAGACGAAGUGUGCCGUGAAUUUGACGCCGCCAUCGCCAUCGUAGAAGGCUACGGCAAUGCAAGUGGGGAAAAUCUAGUUAGCAUUGGGAGAAUUGAUUGCAUAAGCCGCUGCGCCACUGGUGAGUUGGUCAGUGAUAGUGAUCCGUGUGUGCACGAAGACUACGCCGACCACCGUGCUCAUUCCGACGUGGAUUGUGUUUCCUGUAAUGAGACAGUGCUAGCUCGGCAGUGUCACCGUGACGCUAAUAAUAAUGGUGUUGUGAACUAUUCAACGUCGACGCCGACGCUCGCAGAACAGCAACCUCAGCAGCUGCAGCACUACCAAACGGAAGAAAUCAUGGGAGCAAACGUGUCGCGACAUCAUGAGAAAGGACUCACCGGUCGGCGAGCCCAAUCAACUGAUAACCUCAAAUCGGACCAAACCCAACAGUAUCAGUGCCAGAGUUACAACAAUAACAACAACAACAAUAGUGGCAAAAAUCACAUUACCAAACCCGUACCACCGGAUUUGACCCCGGGAGGCGAAUUCAUCGACGGAGGAGGGGAAUGCACCGACGAUGAUUGCCAGUAUCGGGCGACCGAUAAUGGGAUCAAUUCGAAUGAUCGAAAUAAAUUCUGUGGCAGUUUACCGAAUCAUUUGGACGCGGAUGACGCUUGCGAGGCCAUCUUUAAGCAGAAUGAGUUUCUCCAAACGCACCUGAAAAACGUCCUGGCGAGCCAUCAACAACAGCAGCCGGAAUAUGUGACCGUCAGCAGCAGCUGUCGAACGGUGGACGGUGGGGACGGCCAUUUAGCUUUGGACAUUGGCGAAGGAGACGGAGGUUCAGCAAAUAUGAACCAGCAGCAGCCUUCAUUAGGGCCAUCCUCCCAACAACAGCAGCAUCAUCACCACCCUCAGCAGCAGCAGCAGCAAAUAAUGGCAGCAUAUCAGCAAAGCUCACCGUUUUACUCGAAUAGCAGUGGGAAGGGGUCCACAAUCUCGUCGACUGCUCUCGGCGGCAGCACUUUCCGGUCCAGUUGCAGCGGCGGGGAUCGACCGGACAUUCAGCUGAAGCUGCCCCUCCACCGAACGACGGUGGACACCGGCUACGAUCAGGGCUACGGAAGUGAACGAUCGCCGGAAGACGAAAUGCCUCCUCCACUGCUGCUAAUGCACGAAGCCCAGUACAAUGAGAUUCUGGCCUCGUCGGGCCUGAAUCAGCAACUGCCAGCCAGUGUCAUAGAGCCGAACGACCUGCAGCGGUUUUGGAACUACGAAAAAUCGGCAGCGAGUUUGAUCGGCAGUGGCGAGUACAGCUUUAUUACCAAAGAUACCGUUUUUCUGGUACAAGUACCGAAGGGAACCCGCGGGCUGGGUCUAUCUGUAUCUGGCGGCUCGGAUUCCUCGGCACCAUUUCCAGGACUGAUACGCAUCAAAAGACUGUUUCCGCACCAGGCAGCGUGGGCUACCGGGAUGCUCCAGCCGGGCGAUAUCCUGCUGGAGGCCAACGGUAUCCCACUAACCGGGCUGACCAACUACGAAGCCCUGGAAGUGCUCCGGACCGCAGCCAACUACGUAACGCUAACGGUGUGCCGUCCGCAGGAUGAACAAUACCGCAAACUGUCCCCGCCCAGUGAACCUCCGAAGCCUCCGCUGCGGAAUGCCUUAUCGAGUGAACCCCAGUCACAGGUACAGUCGCCGCAGCUUUCCGGGUUCGUUGGCGGGCCCACCGGCCAAGCGAUGCAGUUCCAGCACAUGCAGUACAACCAACAGCAACAGAUGGUGCCAUAUUACUAUCCACAGCAACAACAUCAGCAGCAACAGCAAUAUAUUUAUCCACCGCAAACAUUGGCUUUCGCUCCGCUGGAGCCUGGCAGUAUCAGUGGGGAGUUUGAGAUUAUUCUAACCAAACAGCAGGGGUCCCUGGGAUUCACUCUUCGCAAAGAGGACGAAUCUAUCCUAGGGCACUGCGUCCGCGCCCUGGUUCGAGAUCCGGCCCUAAACGAUGGUCGCAUCAAACCGGGUGACAAAAUCAUGGCCGUCAACGAUGUUCCGAUCUCGCAGAUGACCCACGAAGAGGCUGUGAUAUUCCUCCGGCAGGCGGCAGACGUUGUUAAGUUACGGCUGUACAGGGACCAAGCCCAGACACCGCUGUCCGCCCACUCGCCUACUCUAGGAGAUCGGCGGAUGGAACUUUCGAAGUCUGAUUCCACUUCAACGGUUGGCGGGACGGUGAGGCCGAAACCGAACCUAAGGCCUGAAGCACUGAACCUUCUGACGGACAUUGCCUAUCGGAAGCAGUCGACCGCGACGAAUAAUUCUGGCGGUGGCGGAAGUGGGUCAACCAGCUCGUCUGUCAAGUCGAGCAACGCCUCACCGCGAAGACUCCGGAGGGGAUUACCUCAACAACAACAACAGCAACAGCACAGAACAUACGACAAUCAUGGGUACCAACAUUCCGAAACAUCCAACUAUUCGGACUCGGAAACCUCAACCAUCGUCAGCCAGAGCGGUUCAAUGCACCAUCCGGCGGGUGUACAGAUGGUUCCCGGGGGAGUAUUCCAUACGCCAUCGUGUCGAUCGUGUGGAGGCGCGGGGAAUGUAAGUGCCAUGGUCGAAGAGAACCUGGACGAGUCCUAUUACUGUGAUGACGAAAUCGAUAUCGAAAGUUUAUACGAGGAAGACGAUGAACCGCAGAAGAGGCCAAACUUUCUGAACCUAGCGGGUGAGAGUGGGAGUACACCCAUGUCAUCGCGGAAGCCUCGGUUUCAAUUUUCAGUUGCCACUACGAAUGCUUACGAAUUGAACAACCUGGACAACGAAGCCCUCGACGCUCCGACAAUGUACGCCUUGAACGGCGAUCCAGUGAACGGGCAACCCGCCGGUAACGACCAGUUCAUCAGUCUUCCUUGCGAAACAUUCCUGGUAGCUUGUAAAACCGAAAACGACCUCAACGCGGAUUCCACCGAUGCCAUCUACGUGAAGCAUUUUGCUCACAAAUCCCCUCUGUAUUCGUCAGUGAACGUGCCCCUGAAGGACACCGGAAACAACGUGAGCGAGGUUGUAGAUGCCGUAGAAAAAGGCGGCAAAAAGAGCCUAAUGAAGUGGAAAGGCGCUGUCCUGAUGUCCGACGAAGACGAAACCCCAUCAAGCCACGUCUACUCCUCGGCGAGCCUGGAUGAUGGAACAUCGCCGUCGCUGUCGGCCGAAACUGGCACCGGUACCACCAGUGACACUCCUGAGUCCAGCUUGGCGGCCACCAUGGGUACAAGCACCACGACACCUACAACUGAACGGGAGCUGGAAUUCAACGGCGGUGGUAUUGACAGUGAUGGAAAUAAAAUUUUCACUGUUGAACUGAACAAAGGAUGGAACAGCCGGCUGGGUUUCAGCUUGCAGCAGGAUUCCGAAACGAACCGAACCGUAGUCAGUGCGAUAUACAGCGAAAGCGUAGCUGCCAAGGACGGUAGACUGAAAGUCGGUGAUCAACUGCUAACGGUCAACGAGGAAUCAGUGGAAGCGAUGUCCACGGCACAAAUCAUCAACCUGUUACGAAUCAUCCGAGGUUCGAUUUGCCUUCGAUUGAUUCGCCGGGGAGAACAACGUAUUAGCAUUCCAGAACAGCCGGAAGACGAACCGCAACCGGAACUCGACCUACCACCGCCACCUGCGGAGCUCAUCAAUCCACCAUCGGACUCUUCCACAGAGCUGGACGUGCAGCAAACCCCACCUGAACAGUAGCUGUAGAAGGUUCAUUUUUGUUUCCCACGUAAGUAAGACCGCCCGCCCAUUUCCACCACCUCAACGUCUCCGUGGCUCGUGCAUCAUGAUAGGUCCCUCCACAGUGAUUGAAUAUUAAUUGGGUUACGAUUAAUCGGUGGAGUCAGAUCGAUUGGAACCGCACUGCGCGAUGAACGCAACUAUCCGAGCUGAAACUGUGCAAUCAUUUGGUUAACAGGAUUUUUCUCUCUAUACACAAAAUGAAGUUAUCUACUGAAGGUAUGUAAUUGAAUUAUCUGUAAAAUUAUGUAAAUUCUAACGAUGCGAUACGUCGAGAAUGUGAUUUGUUUUCCACUAAGUCAAAUUUAUGAAUAGCUUGUUUAAAAAAAACUCUAUACGUAGCCAGGUAAGAUAAAUCAAUAGAAUUCCAUAUUUUUCUGUGAAGGAAAAACAAUUUAGUAAAUAUCGAAAAGGUACAUGAAAACGAGAUUGCAUUUGUUGAUUUAGGAAAAAUAAAUAGCGAAGCUGAAAAUUCCGAAAAUAAA